AAGGUAUGUGGCUGUGAGUCAUCACUCUCAUAUAAGCCAUCUGCUAGUGUUCACUGGUUGAUAAAGCGCUUCGUUUCCAACUACCCGAUCUGAUAAGCAUCUUUAGGCUUCAAUGGCUUCUUCCCUCCUCAACGGGGUCAUCACCUCCCCCAAGGGACUAGGUUUCCCCACUUCCAAACUCCAAGCAAGGUCAACUCCUCCGCUGAGUUUAGUCUCCGUGACCCGAACCACAUCCACCACACGGAGUCUCUCUGUCUCAACCAGAUGCACCAGCAGCAGCGUACCAGCAGCGUCAAGACCAUCCGCGCAACCCAGGUUCAUCCAGCACAAAAAGGAAGCCUACUGGUUCUACAGGUUCUUGUCAAUCGUGUACGACCAUAUCAUCAAUCCAGGACACUGGACUGAAGACAUGAGAGACGACGCUCUCGAGCCUGCGGAUCUGAGCAGUCCGAACAUGCGUGUCGUCGAUGUCGGAGGCGGAACUGGUUUCACCACGCUUGGAAUCGUCAAGACAGUGAAGGCCAAGAACGUUACGAUUCUUGACCAGUCGCCACAUCAGCUUGCUAAGGCUAAGCAGAAGGAGCCGUUGAAGGAAUGUACUUUCGUUGAAGGAGAUGCAGAGGAUCUCCCUUUUCCUACUGAUUAUGCUGACAGAUACGUCUCUGCUGGCAGCAUUGAGUAUUGGCCUGACCCGCAGAGGGGAAUAAGGGAAGCAUACAGAGUUCUCAAGAUUGGUAGUAAAGCAUGUAUCAUUGGUCCUGUCUACCCAACUUUCUGGCUUUCACGCUUCUUUGCAGAUGUUUGGAUGCUUUUCCCCAAGGAGGAAGAGUACAUUGAGUGGUUCACGAAAGCUGGUUUCAAGGACGUUCAGCUUAAGAGGAUUGGACCCAAGUGGUACCGUGGUGUUCGUAGGCACGGACUUAUCAUGGGAUGCUCUGUCACUGGUGUCAAACCUGCCUCUGGUGACUCUCCUCUCCAGCUUGGUCCGAAAGAAGAGGAUGUUGAGAAGCCUGUCAACAAUCCUUUCUCCUUCUUGGGACGUUUCCUCUUGGGAACACUAGCGGCUGCUUGGUUUGUGUUGAUUCCGAUCUAUAUGUGGAUCAAGGAUCAGAUCGUUCCUAAAGACCAACCCAUUUGAGAAAAGAGCAUAUGUAUGAUUUGUAAGACCCUCCUUUGUUAGACAAGCUUUUCUUUUUGUCCUGGUUACUAUGAUGAACCCUUUUCAAAAUAAAUCUAUCUCUCUAUUCCUUUCACUAAUGUUGAUCUCG